AUGUCCAAGAAGUUCUUCCCGCUCUCGCCCGGCUUCUUCAAGUGCCCGCCCUUGAGCCGGCAGGAGGGCGAGCACCUCGUCGCGCUCGGGAAGCAGUCCAGCCUCGACUUUAUCAAGCACGCCAACCUCGAGGCCAACAAAGACGUGGUCUGGAACGAGUUUGGCAAGAAGCAGAACGUCAUGCUCUAUCGCGGCGUCAACACCAAGCCGCAGGCGACGCACUUUGUGAUGCUCUGCGCCGUCGCCGAAGUCGCCGGCUCGCUCGAAGAGGUGGCGGCCAUGCAUGCGUACAACACACCCGAGAAGCUGCGCAAGUACGUCAAUGACUCGGAGGACCUCGUGGACAUG